CCCGCCCUCUGCCAGAGCCUCCUGGGAGCUCAGUCUGUUUCACCAGAUAGAGUCCUGUGUCAACUGCUGUGGUCACACUUGCUGGAUCUCAACAUUUGUCUACCUAGAUCAUCGUUGGUGACAGUGGCAUCUCAUACUUGCUCUGUGUUGCUCUACCUCAAAAGGGAUAUCCUGGCCUGCAAUCCUUUAAAAUUCCAUCCUCGGCUCUCGGAAUCCUGUAUCUCUAGAGCUGGACCCCUGACUCUCUCCCUGGUCCUGCCAUCAGCAGACUCUGUGUCAUGGUUUCCAUAAAACAAAUGGCCAUCAUCUUCUCCGUGACAACAGUGAGUUUUUUGUGUGCCAUUUUUAGCUGCAUACUGCCCACUUGGAGGGUAACAUUUCCAGAUGAAGAGAUGGACCCAGAUGCCAGCAUUUCGGAGGGUCUGUGGGAAAUAUGCCAACUAGAGGGAAUCAGGGAGAAGCAGUGUAUAGAAUAUAACACCCGGAUAACAGUAGCACAGGACCUAAAAGUGUCUCGAGUCAUCAUGGUCAUCUGCCUCAUUGGAACCUUGCUGGUUUUUCUGCUGUGCUCAUGUGGUGAUCGUCGUAUCAAGUGUUUGCAGAGUAGAAUUGAAACCACGGUCCUGAUGGUAGCCGGUGGGAUGCUUCUUAGUAUUGGCCUUCUGAUGCUGAUAUCACUGUCCUGGGUAACACACAAUGUCAUCCAUGGCUUCUUUAAUCCAUUGUUUGGCUACUCCCAGAAAUCAGAGAUGGGUGCUGCACUCUACCUGGCCUGGACCAGUUCCCUCCUGCUGCUCUUGGGAGGCUUCCUGCUCCUUGUCAACAUCCCAUCAUGCUCUGACGCCUCCCGAGUAACAGAUGUUGAGGAGCAACUAUCAUCUCAGCUCAUCCAGAACCGUACCCACUUGUACCACUUUCUGCUCCUGAAGAUGGCCGUCUUUCAACACUGGGUGUCGGGGCUGUCCCAGGAAGCCCGGGGUUCCGGCAGUGACCAGGCCCACGUGCUUCCAGAAGUCAUCUUAACCUGUGCUCUGGGCUUAGUCCUUCGAGCUGGACUGGCAUUGUUGUGGGUCCCCAUGUGGCUGCUGCUCUGGGGACCCAGGCUGACUUACAGAGUCGGGCUGUGCUGCACCCGCACUGUGAGGCUGGCCCUGGGGCACCUCUGUGCCUGUGAAGCUCUGGGUCUGUCUCCAGCCACCUUCAGGGACCUCUUUCUAUCCUGCCUGCACAGCCUGAUGCUGGUGGCUUUGCUGCUGCUGCUGCUAACCUGGAAGCUGUUACAGAAAGCCCAUCACUUUAGUCUGGGCUGGCUCCCCAGCCAGACCCUCCUGCAGAACUCUGUGUUGCUGGAAGCCCUGGCCUUGCUGAGACGCCUCUACCUGUGGGUGGAGCACAGGACCACACUCACGUCCUGGAACCUGGCCUAUCUUGUCACUUGGACUACCUGCCUGGUGUCCCACCUGCUUCAAGCAGCUUUUGAGCACACAGCCCAACUGGCCCAGGCCCAGGAGGCCAAACCCCAGGAGACCUCAGGGCCUCUGCCUCAGUUCUUAAUUCCAGAAUCCUCCACCACUGAGUCUGGACCCCUCCCGCCCCAGCCUGAAACCCCCGGAGAAUAAAUGUGUCCUCCACCUGG